AUGCGCGGUGCUGUCGUCGUGCGGUCGUCGGGCUGUCGUGCUGGUGCUGGUGCUGGUGCUGGUGCUGGUGCUGGUGCUGGUGCCGGUGCUGUCGAGCGCUCACGGCGGCCAAAAAGUGCGAGCGGCAAGCGCCGAGACGAGACGGGCAGAGGCGCGACCCCUGCUAGCCCCGUGUCCACCGUCCACGCGGGUGGCGGUAAACAAACAAAGUCACCGCUCUCGCGCCCACAUCGCUACGUCGCCGCAGAAGACUCGACUCGCCUGGGAGAACGUGCAGGCCUGCAUUUCUCGCGCGGACAGCGUCUGCAUACCACCCACCAGCUCCACACAGCCCUCGCCGCCAUGGCUCCUUCUCCGCGCAAACGCCUGCCGCCCGCGCCCUUCAACCAGACAUGGCACGAGACCGACGCAGCCCACCUCGACCCCAGCGCCCUGCCCGUCGCCCGGAUACCGCGCGGCUGGGAACGCAAGCGCCAGGUCAAGCAAGCCGGCGACGGCAAGGAAAAGAGCAUCUGGCGCAGGUUCAGCCUCCGCUCCACCGCCGCAGAGGCCGCCGGGCAGGACGAGCCGGAAGCGGACGAGCACGAGCACGAGCACGAGCACGAGCACGAUGCACGGUCGCGCGCUGUCAAGAGGAGGCAGAGGCUCAGCCCAAAGGCCAUGGAGAAGAUGCAGGGCACCAACCGCGCCUUCAAGGGAACGCGCUGGGACCGCCGAAAGAGCGUCCUUCCCCGCAAGAGGUCGGCGCAACCAACUGAGACCUUGCAUGAAGAACAGACCGACAGCGACGACACCCAAGACGCUGCAGACGCAGACAUGAGCCACGAGAGCCUGGCUGAGCCACCACACGGGCACCACGGCCCAACGUCCUUUGCCUUCGCCAUGGAAGCUGCACACACUGUCGACCAACUUCCAGAUUACGAGAGUCUCGACGACCAAGACGACCAAGACGACCAAGACGACCAAGACGACCAAGACGACCAAGACGACCAAGACGACCAAGACGACCAAGACGACCAAGACGACCAAGACGACCAAGACGACCAAGACGACCAAGACGACCAAGACGACCAAGACGACCAAGAAAACCAACAAGACCAAGAAGACCAAGAAGACCAAGACGACCAAGACGACGACCAGAAGUUGGGCAACAUACUCCCCGAGGACUCGACCUUUGCCCUCAUCUUCAGAUCCCCCGCCAAAAGCACCUCGGCCCCACCAUCGACUUCGCCAGCAAUGGUCGACUACCCCACCUUACCGCCCAGCGACCAAGCGACGGAAGGUCUGGCUGCCUCGGAAGCAGUCACGUCUGAGGUAAUCACGGCCACGUGGCCUACUGUCGAGACUGUGGUUGCUGAAGUCGUUGCCACCAUGUCAACUUCUACAGCGUACACAACAACCGAAACCUCACAGCCUGACGCCGAGACUGCGAACACAGUCGAAACAUCACACCAAGAAAGUCAUGAUGCUCAGCUUGAAGAUGCAGACGACAUCGUAUAUCCAGCGUUACCCCCUGACGAUUCUGAAGAGGCGCAACCAGAAGACAUCGAGGACGAAGACGUCGAUGCCAACAUGUCUGAGAUCCAGCUGGACACCUACUCAGCCUCUGUCCAGCUCGUCGAGACUACCAGGCCAGAACUCGAGACACCCCCGAACCUGCUCCAUCAGGCCUCCGCGGACGAAGAAUUCACCGAAGCCUCAAUGCAGCUGAACAUCCAGGAGGACUACGAGAGGGAGGGCGAACUCGCGUCACAGCCACCCACCCCGAAGCCUGCCGAGGAACGCAUGCCCGAUAUCACAGACGGCCUCACGCUCAGCUUCACGCCCGCAAAGGCUGCGUCGCGAGAACACACCCCCAAGAAACUGCACUCCCCACCCCCACCCCUGCGCAUCGACUCCGGCCCUGACGAUGCAACCAUGACGGUCGCGAUAGACGACGAUACCGCCAUCUUGAAGAGCUUCCUUAGCCGGGCAGCUGCUAGCAAGGCGGAGAGGUCGGCCAUCAUCACGCGGCGAGAGUCUCUUGAAAACCGACGCGACUCUGACAUUGUCCGCCAUGCCCUGGCAUCGCCUCGCAAAGCUCUCGAAGAAAAAGAUCCCAACUCGCCUUCCAAGGUCGACAGCGAAAUCACAUUCGACCUCGCCGCGACACCAGUGCUCAGCCCAGAAGUCGACGAGUCGGCGUCCCCCACGCCGGAACAGCUCGAAGUUGAAGACGGCACAGAUGCAAAGACGGGGCGGGGCUCGCGACGCUCUUCUCGCGCCAAAAAGUCUCGCCUCCCAGCUCCAGCUACGACCACCCAACCCCAGGCGUCCAACAAGAUCGCGAUCCGUCGCGCCGAUGGUUCUGAUCCUGUCGUUCUCAAGAAAACCGACGCCCAAGAACUCGCUCUCAUCACCAAGAACAACACGCGCAAGAACAAACAGGGCGCUUUCAUGGUCAGCCUGCGGCUGCUGAAACUCCAGGCCGAAGCUAUCCUCUCCCCCUCGACCCCUCUCGAUGACGAAACACCGCGCGACCCGGUACCUGGGAGAAGGGGGAUUCGUUGGGAUGAGACGCUGGCAUACUAUCAGGAGCAUGCCGAUACCAUUGCCGCGCAGCAAGCCGAGGCGGAGAGUCUGGCUACACCCGACGAACUGAGCAUACCCGUGGCAGUCAGCAAAAAAACAAAAGCAAAAACACCGACAGACAAGAACUCGACGCCCAAGAUUCGCAGAGUGAGGGGGCUGGGCACAGCAAAUGGUACGCCGGGCAAGGGCCUGCUCUCGACUGGGUCUUUGCUGUCGGAUGCUGUGCAUGAGGAACAAGCUGCUGCUAUUCUGCCCGCACCCGCACCCGCACCCGCGGCCAAGGGGAUACCCAAACCCAAGGUCGGCAAGAAACUACCGGUAGCAUCGACACCAGCCGACUCGAAGCUCGCGAUGCUUGAAGUUACGCCCGUUGGUCUUGAGCCUGUCAAAGAACGCAAAAGUCGGCUUGCGACGCCAAAGAGUGUUAGGCUACCCAAACCUAUCCCUGCUGCAGCCCCGGCCGCAGGAGCAGAGAAAGAAAAUACACGAACUGGCAUCAGCGGCGCCACGCCCAGGAAAGGCAUACCGGCCCCGAAGAUUGUAGCUCCGAAGACCAUGGUGCCUCCGACAGCGGUGGGAAGUAUGGGUGGGGAGAGUGGCCUACCAAGGAGAAGAGGGAGGAAGGUGUGA